GCUGGUGGGAUCCACGAAUCGCUCUCGAAAGUGCAAUAUGGAGUACAAUUCCACGUCAGACGUCGUAAUUUUGAGUGGUAAUUCGCACCCCGAAUUGGCCGACCUCGUUGCUAAUCGCUUAGGAGUAAGAAAAGGAGGAUGUUCGGUCUAUCACAAAACAAACAGGGAGACCAUGGUCGAAAUAGCGGAUUCUAUCCGAGGCAAAAAUAUUUAUAUAGUACAGACUGGAACAAAGGACGUCAACAACAACAUAAUGGAAUUAUUGAUUAUGGCUUAUGCUUGUAAAACAUCAUCGGCUCGCUCCAUAGUUGGGGUCAUUCCAUAUUUACCAUACAGCAAGCAAUGUAAAAUGAGGAAACGUGGAUGCAUUGUGACGAAACUACUGGCAAAAAUGAUGUGCAAGUCCGGUCUCACACACAUUAUAACAAUGGACUUGCAUCAGAAAGAGAUACAAGGUUUCUUUGACUGUCCUGUCGAUAACCUGAGGGCAUCCCCCUUCUUGUUGCAGUACAUUCAGGAAAGUAUCCCGGACUACCGUAACUCUGUAAUAGUGGCUCGGAACCCUGGUUCUGCCAAGAAGGCCACGUCUUAUGCGGAGAGGCUUAGGCUUGCCAUUGCAGUCAUACAUGGAGAACAGAAGGAAGCUGAGAGUGAUGAAGUGGAUGGCCGUUACUCCCCGCCAUGCAUGCCCAGUGUGGACAGGUCCAGAACAAUGGAUGUGUCAGUGGGAGUACCAGUACACCCCGCCAAAGAGAAGCCGCCGAUUAAUGUAGUCGGGGACGUGGGCGGCCGAAUCGCUAUUAUGGUGGAUGACAUGAUCGACGACGUACAAUCAUUUGUGGCCGCAGCGGAGGUACUUAAAGAAUGUGGAGCGUACAAAAUCUACGUGCUAGCGACGCACGGGCUGCUCUCAUCAGACGCCCCAAGGCUCAUUGAGGAUUCCUCCAUCGAUGAGGUCGUUGUCACCAACACGGUCCCGCACGAGCUCCAGAAGAUGCAAUGCAACAAGAUCAAGACCAUAGACAUAUCAGUACUGUUAAGCGAGGCAAUCAGACGCAUACACAACAAAGAAUCAAUGUCUUAUCUGUUCAAAAACGUCACACUAGAGGAUUAAGUGAAGUGUGUGUUACAAAAGUUGAAUUAAUGCAUCCCAUAAAUAGAAGCCUAUAACAUAACAGGAGGGUAUGCCCAUAAUCACCAAGUUGGGCAGAUGGGUUGGUAAUUAUGAAAAUUAAGCUUAAUUUUCAUAUAUUCUAUAUUCUAUAUUCCGCGAAAAGCAGAAGAAACUCUAUGGUGUAAUAUAUAAUUUCUUCAAUCCUUAUACUCCACACCAAACAGAUUUUUGGCAAUCUACAUUUCGCUCCGAAACCGGAGCAUCCUCAGGAGAUGUUGACUUUACAAUGAAUAAUUGUUAAGGGAUGUUAGGUUGGUAAUUGCUGUAGAUUCUGCUGUUAUAUUCCCUCUUAAAACACCCGAGGGUAGAUGAGGGGUGUUGACAACUGUAUUCUACUCUACCGUCACCUCACAGCACCUCAUAUAACGACUUAACGUUAUUCUGAUUUAACAACGGAAAUAUCUUUCUGUUCUUAUAACGUUUAUAUUGUUAUUACAACUGGUGUUCUUUGUAAAAACUUUUUGAAAUUAAAUUCGGUGGUAUGGAAACUACGACUUAAUGACAAAUGCGAUUAGGUACAAUUUCCUAAAUUAGAUUCUCUGGUGGGAGGCUCCGGCCACGGCUCAGUGGUGUAAGCGGUUUCGCGUUUCGAUACAAUUGUAUAUUAGAACUUUAAGUUUAAUAUAACUUCCAUACCCUUAUCAGGAUAGCCCUCUAAUCUCUUUACUUCUAGACUGCAUCAUAACUUUCCCAGGUGAGAUUACAGUCAAAAGCACUGUACUGGAAUAAAAUAAAAAAAUAAAUUACAGUAGCACUAUAGUCUUGCAAUUCUUGCAAUCUCACGCUCUAUUUUUUGGUGACAUUUGGUAGCCAUGAUGCCUCAAGUUGACUGCAGGUUCAACUUUUGUGACGAGAACUGUAUAGUCACAGCUACAUUGCAAACUGUGGUUCUUUGUUGUAACGUGAAAGUAUAAUUAGUAUUUAAGAGUAUUUUAUAGUAUUAUCUGAAGUAUGGGAAACUGUUAGUAUUAAUUUCUCUCACUUUGUAAUUUCCAUUCGGGGACAAUAAGGGCGCGCACGGACGAGCAAUUUUCAUCAAGACGUCAAAUAAAACGUCUCCACAAAGAUACGCGAUCCCUACACUUGGACAUAUGUCUAACUUUGCCGCAGUACGGCUUGCAUGGGAUUUUCUUCACAGUUUUAUCCAUUCCUAGCAUGGGCGCACAGAUGAUAAUAUUAUCCAAAAAAUAUAUAAUGCCAAACGGGGCUAACUUCUCAUUUCCCCUGUUUUAUUUCUUUAAAGGGCAGGGUACAUUUAAGUAAUGAUGUGUGUUAAUUGGCUAAGUCUGUCUUCUAUAGGGAAGAACCCCCGAGUCGUGCGCUCAAGAGUGUGGUUCUCGCUUCGCAACCAUACUUGCACGUUUUUACAUAGACAACAAGUCUCGAUCAAAAUUGCGGGUGGGUGCGCGCCCUUAUUUCAUUCCACACAAAACUAAAAUAAGUUAAAUGAACUAAAAAGCGUGCUAUCCAUUUCACGGAUUCCUCUUUAGAUAGGGAAAGUACAUAUUUAGUGCAGUCAAUUUAGUUUUUUUUGAUUAAGAAGUAUUACCAGUAAAAUGGGUAAGUUUUUUUCAUGUAUUAUUAUGUAUUUAUUACUUCUGAUUAAUUAUAUUUGCAUAAUUAAGAAUAAAUUAGUCAAUACAUUGUACCAUUUAGUUAUGACUAAAACUAUUAUUGCAAUUAAAUAAUGGCGCUUAUUCGGCUGUGCACUAAACUCGAAACGAAACUAAAUAACUAGGUUUAAAAAUAAUGCUAUCCUUUUCCUAAGCAACCUAUGAAGAAUGGAAAGAAUACAAAUAUUUUUAUACCUAAUAUAAUUUAGUUUACUGUUGAAUUGCACCCUCAUAACUUUUUAGGUUCUGGACAAUCUUUCCAAUUAACAAAUCAAUUAUGAGUGAGCUGGUAAAAUAAGAUUUAUUCAUUGGCGUUAAAGAUAGUUCAGAUUAUCUGAUUAUAGAGAUAACUUUGAUUUAUUUUCAUUUGUAUAGAAGUAUAUCGCGCCUCAUAUCUGACUCAUUUAUUGUUCUUUUUUUUAUUGUGUUAUAGAAUUGGUCUACUAAUGACAAAAGAGACAACGUACUGUGAUUUUGUAUCUUGUAAUGUGAAUCAAAAACUACAAAUAUGUUUACUAAAGUCCAAAGCUUUUAUAAAACGUAAGAUAAUGUAUAAAUUUUAGUCUUAAAUAAUUACUUGAAUAUAUAUUGUUAUUGAUA